AUGCCAAAGGUCGACCGCCGGGCAAAGCUCGCCGAGCUCAAGGCCCUCCGCCAAGCGGGCAAGAAGGCCUUUGAGAGCUACCAGGUCGAAGAUGCCGACGAUCUCUAUGACGAGGUGGACGAGGCUGGAUACAAGAAGAUUGUGCGGGAUCGCCUGAACCAGGACGACUUUGUUGUCGACGACAAUGGCGAGGGCUAUGCCGACGACGGCCGCGAAGACUGGGACAGAGUGCGGCGGUAUGAAUCAGACAGCGAAGGGGAGAACGAACUGCCAGUGCGUGGGAGGCCGAGCAAAGCAGCCAAGAAGAGCCGCGAGGAAGAGCUGGCCAAGCGGGAUGCCAACGACCGCAGCAUUAGCGAGUACUUUACCAAAGGCGCCGGUAAAGCGCAGCCCAAGCCCAAGGUUACCAAAACCAAGGCUGACGACGACUUCCUUGCCGACCUCCUCGGAGAGGUAGACGCCAACAUUCCUGCUCCGGCUCCAAAGGCGUCCAAAGUCGAACGGUCUGGCGGCGAACGACGCAGGGCUCGAGACUUAUCCCCUGCGCCAGAGCCCAGCUACAAGAAGCAGAAGCGGGUUGACAUUCGGUUGCCGUCACCGGAGCCCGCACCUCCAAGUUUUGACGACGACGACGAUCUCGCACCCUUGAUUGAUGACGAGCCUAUGGUUACGGCCGAUAUGCCCAUGAGCGACCCAGCACCGUCUUCUCCCGCUGCCAAAGUCGCCCAACGCAAGGCUCUGAUAAAGCAGGAGCCGCAAAGUGACGACGAUGACGAUAUGAUGGAGGUUGCUCAUGCUGGCGCUGUCAAGGUUGCCAGUGUAAAUAUGGCAGCUUCCCGGCCGGUGAAGAAAAUCAUCAAGGAAGAGCCGGCAGUAACUUCAUCCCCCAUCAAGGUUCCAGACACCUCAGUAGACGCUACAUCUUGGAACGAACUUACAGAAAAGCUCAACGUUGUCAAUACUCCCCUGUUGGAGUCUAGGGGCAUCGGCAAAAUAGACCACAAUGACGCUAUCGAGUCGGAUGGGUCUUUGAACUUCUUCUGGACCGAUUACACAGAAGUCAACGGCAGUCUGUGUCUCUUUGGCAAAGUGCUGAACAAGAAAACACAGUCAUAUGUCAGUUGCUUUGUCAAGAUUGACAAUAUUCUCAGAAAACUCUAUUUCCUGCCUCGACAACAACGUGUCCGAGAUGGUGAAGAAACGGGAGAUGAAGUAGACAUGACGGAUGUUUACACCGAGGUUGAUGAGAUCAUGACCAAGAUGAACGUUGGCAUGUACAAGAUCAAAAAGUGCGAGCGGAAAUAUGCCUUUGAGCUGCCGGAGAUUCCCAAGGAGGCAGAGUACAUGAAACUCUUGUAUCCUUACACAAAACCCGCAAUCAACAUGGAUGCAAAGGGAGAGACCUUUUCCCAUGUCUUUGGCACCAACACUGCUCUAUUCGAGCAGUUUGUUCUUUGGAAGAACAUCAUGGGUCCUUGCUGGCUCAAGAUCCAGGAUGCUGACUUUGGCGCUAUCAAGAAUGCUUCUCACUGCAAGCUCGAGGUUUUGGCUGAACAUCCUAACAUGGUGUCGACCAUCAGCGACUCCGACAACAUGGAUAUGCCCCCGCUGACGCUGAUGAGCAUCGCUCUCCGAACAACAUUCAAUGCAAAGGAGAACAAGCAGGAGAUCCUUGCCAUCAGUGCGCGAAUCUACGACAAGGUGCUUCUCAGUGAUACGACUCCCGCCGAGAAACUUCCAUGUAGAACGUUUACCGUCAUUCGUCCUCACGGACAGGCCUUUCCCAUGGGCUUUGAUACGCUAGUGAAGAAGAGAGACAGAGGUCUCAUCUUGAAGAAACAAGAAUCUGAUCUCCUGAGCUUUUUCCUAGCCCAGGUUGACGUAGCGGAUCCUGAUGUCAUUCUCGGUCACCAGCUAGAAGGCGUUGACUACAGUGUGCUGUUGAAUCGUUUGUUUGAGAAAAAGGUCCAUCAGUGGUCAAGGCUCGGAAGACUGCGGCGAACUCAGUGGCCCUCUUCCAUUGGAAAGACUGGGGGCAACGUGUUUGCUGAGCGUCAGGUCAUGGCUGGCCGAUUGCUUUGCGAUCUUGCCAAUGAUGCAGGAAAGUCUGCCAUGUUCAAGUGUCAGACUUGGAGCUUGACGGAAAUGUGCAGCCUGUAUCUCACAGGUGACAACCGUCGUCGUGAUGUCGACAACGAAGUUGCUCUCAACACCUGGGCUAAGGAGAGCCAGGGCCUCAUGGAUUACGUUACUCAUAUGGAAGCUGACACACACUACAUUGCCGCAUUAGCUGUCAGUGUGCAGCUGCUGCCUCUCACCAAGGUCUUGACGAACUUGGCCGGUAACUCUUGGGCUCGUACUUUGACUGGUACCCGCGCUGAGCGAAACGAGUACAUUCUCCUCCACGAAUUUCAUCGCAACAAGUACAUCUGUCCAGAUAAGCAGACAUUCAAAGGACGGCAAAAGGCCGAAGAGGAAAAUGCCGAGGAAGAAGGAGGCGAUGGCAAGAAAAAGGACAAGUACAAGGGUGGUCUUGUUUUUGAGCCAGAAAAGGGCCUUUAUGACAAGUUUGUCCUUGUCAUGGAUUUCAACUCUCUUUAUCCUUCCAUUAUCCAGGAGUUUAACAUUUGCUUCACCACUGUGGAUAGAACAGCAUCGGCUGAAAAUGAGGACGCUGUCCCCGAAGUGCCUGUUAACCAAGAUCAGGGCAUUCUACCUAGACUUAUUGCUACGCUCGUCAGUCGUCGUCGCCAAGUCAAGAAUCUGAUGAAGGAUAAGAAGGCCACACCCGAAGAGCUUGCCACAUGGGACAUUAAACAGCUGGCUCUGAAGCUCACAGCCAACUCCAUGUACGGUUGUUUGGGAUAUACUCGAUCUCGUUUCUAUGCUCGCCCCCUCGCCAUCUUGACCACGCACAAGGGCCGAGAAAUUCUGCGCAGCACCAAGGAUCUUGCCGAGAGCAAAUCUCUGCAAGUCAUUUACGGUGACACGGAUUCCGUCAUGAUCAAUGCCAACGUUGAUAACGUUGCAGACGCUUUCAAGGUCGGCAACGAGUUCAAGAAGGCCGUCAACGAGCAGUACAGGCUGCUGGAAAUUGACAUCGACAAUGUGUUCCGCCGCAUCUUGCUGCAAGCCAAGAAGAAGUAUGCAGCCAUUAACCUCAUUGAAAAGGAUGGCAAAUUUAUCGAGAAGAUGGAGGUCAAAGGUUUGGAUAUGAGGCGUCGUGAGUACUGCGCCCUUUCCAAGGAAGUCUCCAAGCAUCUGCUUGAUGACAUCUUGUCUGGAGACGAUAUCGAAGUUUCCGUGGCCCGCAUCCACGAGUACCUACGCGAUAUUGCCACCAAGAUGCGCGACUUUGCGAUCCCCGUGCCCAAGUACACCAUCUACACGCAGCUUGGAAAGGGUCCCAAGGAGUAUCCCAAUGCCGACUCCAUGCCCCAAGUGCAAGUCGCCCUUCGCGACUUGGCCAGGGGUAAAACCAUUCGCAAGGGUGAUGUGAUUUCCUACAUUGUUACGGGAACCAGCCAGAGCUCAGAGCCUGCGCCGAAGCGUGCUUAUGCUCCGCCAGAUCUCAAGGCCGAUCCCUCUCUGCAGCCCGAUGUGGACUGGUAUAUUGCCAAGCAAAUCUUCCCGCCUGUUGAGCGUCUGUGUGCCAAUAUUGCGGGCACCUCGACAUCGCAGCUUGCUGAACAGCUGGGCUUGGACGUUCGUCGGUAUACCUCCACUCAAACACAGCAGAGCGGUACAAGUGACGAUCUCGAAAUCCACCCUCUCGAGUCUCAGAUUCCCGAUGAGGUCCGUUUCGUCGAUUGUAAACGCCUCGCUCUCCGCUGCCGCAAAUGCAAAGCUACAUCCGCCUUCGAGGGCCUCACCAGUUCCCCUGAUCGCGUCACUGCGUCAGGCGUCAUCUGCCCCGGCUGCGGCGCAGUUAUCCCUACGCUGUCUGUCGUAGCGCAGGUUGAACACGCAGUUCGCCUCCAGACGUCCCGGUACUACGAAGGCUGGCUUGUCUGCGAUGACCCUCAGUGCGGUAAUCGCACUCGGCAGAUGAGCGUCUACGGCAUAUGCUGUAUGGGACCCAAGGGUCUGGCACGCGACUGUGCUGGCAAUAUGCAUUACGAGUAUACCGAAAAGGCAAUUUAUAACCAGCUCGUUUACUUUGCCAGUCUGUGGGAUGUAGACAAGGCUAAGGCUAAAGCCCUUGAUGCCAACAAUGACUUGACGGGUCAAGAAAGAGAGAAGAUCCGGGCUUUGGUGGAGCACAACCGUGUACGCUUUACGACCGUCAAGGCCGUUGUUGACAAGUACCUGGAUAAGUGCGGUAGACAAUGGGUCGCCAUGGAUACGCUGUUUGCAAAGCUUGGGUUCAGUAAGAUGCUGGGCGCUGUCUCGGCUGCCCCUGCUGCUGCCUCAUGA